AGGGUUUUUAGACUUGAGUCUGCGGAACUCAGUCUAUUUGGUCCAUAGAGAUCGUAGUGAGAGAGAGAGAGAGAGACUGCAGAAGAAGAGAGAUGGCGAGAUCGUCGACAGGUAAAGAUGCUCAAGCACUCUUCCACUCUCUGCGCUCUGCGUAUGCCGCCACUCCUACUAACCUCAAGAUCAUUGAUCUGUAUGUCAUGUUUGCCCUCUUCACUGCUGUAAUUCAGGUGGUGUACAUGGCCAUUGUUGGAUCAUUUCCAUUCAAUUCCUUUCUCUCAGGGGUACUUUCUUGUAUAGGGACAGCAGUCCUAGCUGUUUGUCUUAGAAUCCAAGUAAACAAAGAGAACAAGGAGUUUAAGGAUUUGCCUCCAGAACGAGCUUAUGCAGAUUUUGUUCUCUGCAAUCUGGUGCUCCAUUUGGUGAUCAUCAACUUCCUUGGAUAAAACCGAGGCUUCUAUAAUUUACUGAUUACUGCUUUCUGCAAAGCGGUGGUUAUAUGUCAUUAGAACAAUUGAGGCAUUGACGUAGACAUGUUGAGACUUGCUUCUUAUACAUUCGCCUUCUGGGACUGUAUUUUCGUUGAUUUUGUAGAAAUUUUAUUUGCCUAUUGAGUUAAAGAGAACACAGAUAAAUAUUUUGCUUUUCCAC